UUCGACUGUCCCAGAUAGAUUUGACCUUUGAACUCAUCAAAGUUUCCCGCUCUUCCGUUCAGGACUCGACGCAUUCCACAGACCACAGUCCAGGAGGCAUACACUUACCGCUUACGACGGUUUGAAUGCUCCUUUGCUGACCAAAGUAGUGCAGGGUUCAGGUAUAAUGGCAGAGGUACAGAGAUCACAGGCAGCAUUCGAAUUCUGCCACAAUCCGCAUGCAGGCUCCCUCUUGCAGGGUUUACAGGAAUUGCGGUCUGACAGCCUGCUGACAGAUGUUGUCCUUUGUGUUUCCGGAAAAGAGAUUCCAUGCCAUCGAAAUGUUCUGGCUGCCUGUAGUGAGUACUUUCGUGCAAUGUUCUGUAACAGACAUCGUGAGAGCAGAGAGCACAAAGUGACCAUACAUGAAGUCAGCCCUGGUGCCUUGCAGCUUCUUGUUGACUACGCCUACACAUCAAAAGUCACCAUCACAGAAGACAAUGCUGUGAAACUGCUAGAAGGAGCCAACUUCUUCCGGAUCCUGCCUGUGCAUGAUGCUUGUGAGACCUUCAUAUCCAACAAUCUGAGUGCCAAAGACUGUCUGCAGAUGAUGCAAACAGGCAACAUGCUGUCUUGCCCAGACCUGGAGAAGAAAGCUAGGCUGUGUGUCUUAAAGGAGUUUGGAACAGUCAGGGAAACCCCCGAGUUCCAUUCUUUGACUAAGGACCAGCUCAGUACAAUCAUCUCAUCUGAUGACCUUAAUGCUUCUGAAGAAGUCGUGUAUGCAGCAGUGAUGACAUGGAUCAACCACGACACCAGGAAGAGGAAGAGGUACAUGAAGGAGCUUAUGGAACUGGUCAGGUUCCCAUUCAUGGACAAGCAGUAUUUCUCUGAGAAUGUGGAGACCAACGAGGCCGUACGCAAGUCUUGUCAUGAUGUCAUGGCAGAAGCUCGCAGAUGCCAGCACUUUCCGGGAGAGGUCCAGUCACCUCGCACCCUUCCUCGCCAUGCCAGCGGUCUGAGGGAAGCAGUAGUGAUCUUUGGAGGACGAGAUAGAACUGAACCUGGGGAGGACAUGAGAAUGACCUACUCUGCAGAGCCAACAAGCUCAAGUUGGAAAGAUAUAACUCACCCCGAAAGUCUGUGUGGUGUGCGCAAUGUGGCUGUUCUGGGCACAAGUGACAUUAUCAUGUGUAUGGGCAGGGAUGUGUGGCUGUACCAGCUAGAACUGGACUCCUGGUCCAAGCUUGCUCCAAUGAAAUUAUUGCGGUACACUUACAUGUACAGUUUGGUAGUGUUGUAUGGUAAAGUGUAUGCAAUUGGUGGCUUGCACAUCUUCUGUAAAGCACAAAAAUCUGUUGAGGUCUAUAACCGAAGACAGAACAUGUGGACUGAAGGCGUUCCUCUCCCACAGUCAAAGUACAGUCAUGCAUGUUCAGUGUUAGAUGGCAGCAUAUAUGUCAUGGGUGGGGUUGAUGAUAAUUUUGAACCAACACCUACCAUGUACCGCUUCAGCCCAGGUGAUUCCCAGUGGCAAUCAAUGAGGGACAUGCCUGAUGCAGGUAGAAAUUCAUCAGCCUCUGCAGUUCUCAAUGGCAGUAUCUAUACUAGCGUAGGUUCACAGAUUUUUUGUUUCACGCCUGGCAAAAACGGUGGUCUCUGGAGUAAGGUAGCAUCUGGUGCUCCGCUAGGCUAUAGAAUGACUGUAUUCAAAGGGAAGAUUCACACCUACGGAGGCUAUGAGAACACUGCAGCUCGCUCAGCUGUCAUGUGUUUAGAUCCAGAAACCCAGUCACUCAGCCAUGUGGGAACCAUGGCCAAGGGUCUGUUUAACACAAUUUCUUGUGUCACCGUACUCGUGUAUGAUCAAUGAUGAACUGCCAUGCAUUAGACUAUUUUGCAUUAAACACACAUUUUGCUUGUUGCCAUAAUGCUUUCAUGUUACAUGUCGCAUUCCGUUAUCAUAGUUGCUUUCUAACAAGGAUUUUGUAUCAAGAUUUAAACGUCAAACUUAGAUGCCAUUGUUGUGUAUUACUUUGGACCACUACAUGAAAGGUACUCACAGCAACUCACCAAAACUUUUUCACGGCAUAGGACUCCUUAGGAGUUGGGAACAGAAGGGAACUUUGCAGAGCAUAAGUUUACACAAGGGAUGCCAAAGACAUUACCUACAUUGUGUAUGCAAUAACACUGUCCAUGUAUGUGUAGUCCAGACAUUUAAAGAACAAAAAUGUGUACAUGUAUACCAUACUUCCAACUUCUGAUUACAAUUAAAAGUGUCAAUGGCUUGGAGUUAUGUAUAGAAUGCUUUGGAUCAAGUACGCAUGCUUACAAUAGCAUUGUAGACAGGUACAUACAUGCACAGGUGGGUUCAUUUUUUAUUCCCCCCCACAUGUGCCUAUUAUAAAACCCAAAGCUGUUGAAUAUGUUCUGACAUUUGACAAUUCUUUAUUAAUGUAACACUUCCAGAUGACUGAUUUUUCUUUUCAUCUCUUUGGCACAGAGGAACCCAUUGGUGUGUUGUCAGUUCCGACUUGUAACGGUUACAAAUAUUAGAUCAUAUUAUAUACAAGAGACUCCUAAACGUGUCCUUUUCAACAAGAAGGAAAUUGGGACAUUAUUGAAGU